GAGAUUGCGGAAAAUAACAGCAGCCUCUAAAACCCAACUGCAAGGUUAAACCCUGCUCUCUUGCUUCCCUCUCUCUCUCUCUCUCUCUCUCUCUCUGGGGAAGGAGGUGAGAUGGCCGUGGACAAGAACAAGCUCGAAGAAGAAGCAAGUGUUCUUCGCUUCUACAAAAUAGUUCUCAGUUGGGAUUAUCUACGCCUCAUCCAAGAUUCCGGACCGAAAAAUAGAAAGAACAUUGAGGACGGAAGUGGUUUGGGACUGAGGGAAGUGAAGAAUACAUACAAAGAUGUUGAUGACUAUCUGGCAACAUUUGAGCCCCUUUUGUUUGAAGAAGUGAAAGCACAGAUCCUUCAAAAAAAAGACGACGAAGAAAAAGCAGAAUGGCAGCUUGUACUGACAAACAAAUGUAAUGAGACAGAUGGGUUUCACUUGCCAACUAUUAUACUUGUAGAUGUGGGGUCAGUAUCACAGAAUGAUCUGUUACUGCUUUCAGAAAAGCAGUUUGGAGAGGGUAAAGAACUCCCAACUAAGUAUGCAUUUGCGCUUGUUGAGCAUCGUAAUGAUAAUAAACUUCAAGUUACACUUAGAAUGCAAUUAAGUGGAGAAGUCAAACGGACAAAUGCAGAUGAAGUCGAACAGUGUCCAAGGCUGUUGAAUAUGCUUUCUCUUGUUUCUGAAGUAAACAAACCAUUACGCAUGCUGAAGAUUUGCAGUUUAUCAACUAUUGCUCGAGAAUAUGUUGCUCUACGGUCAAUUAAAUCCCUUCCAUUCAAGGAUUUGAUAUUAGCAGCUGCUGAAAGCAAUUAUAUUUCUGAAGACCAGGCUUGGGAAAUUCCCAGACCUCUCAUGGAGUCUAUUGAAAGUAAUCACAAUAAAUCUCAACUGGACGCCAUUCGUGUAGGUCUUUCCCGUAAAAGAUUUGUUCUGAUACAGGGGCCCCCUGGAACAGGUAAAACACAAACAAUUCUUGGGCUCCUUAGUGCCAUCUUACAUGCAACUCCAGCAAGAAUAAACACAAAGGGCAAAUCACGUGGAAUAAAGCGUGGACCAGAAUUGCCGAUUCAGGAAAAAUAUAAUCACUGGGAGAAAGCAUCUCCAUGGUUAAGUAGUACUAAUCCGAGAGAUGUGAAGAUGCCCGAAAAUGGUGAUGACGGGUUUUUCCCAACCACCGGCAAUGAACUGAAACCAGAAGUGGUUAAUUCCAGUCGCAAAUAUCGUGUCCGUGUUCUGGUAUGUGCUCCAUCAAACUCGGCACUUGAUGAGAUUGUGUGGCGCCUUCUAAACACUGGUAUUCGUGAUGAAAAUGACCGUCCAUACAACCCUAAAAUUGUGCGUAUUGGUCUUAAGUCACAUCAUUCUGUCCACACAGUCUCCAUGGAUUACCUUGUGGAACAAAAACUUGCUGGCAUGGAUUUUCAGACCACUGAUAAGCACAAACAUGGAGGAGCAGGAAGGGAGAGAGACAGUAUCCGUGCUUCAGUUCUGGAUGAAGCAGCAAUUGUGUUCUCCACUCUUAGCUUCAGCGGUUCAACUCUUUUCAGUAAAUUAAAUCGCAGUUUUGAUGUUGUUAUAAUCGAUGAAGCUGCUCAAGCAGUGGAACCUGCUACCCUCGUUCCAUUGGCCAAUGGAUGCAAACAAGUAUUUCUGGUUGGUGAUCCAGUUCAAUUGCCAGCAACUGUAAUUUCUCCUAUAGCUGAGCAAUUUGGGUAUGGCAUGAGCUUGUUCAAGAGAUUCCAGAGGGCUGGCUAUAAAGUAGUGAUGCUGAAAACCCAGUACCGCAUGCAUCCGGAGAUAAGAAGCUUUCCUUCAAGAGAAUUUUACAAUGGGGUUCUUGAGGAUGGGUCUGAUGUUAAAUCCGAGACAAAACGUAAAUGGCACGACUUCCGCUGCUUUGGACCCUUUUGCUUCUUUGACAUACACGACCAAGAGUCCCAACCCUCAGGUGGUUCUUGGGUAAAUGAAGAUGAGGUUGAUUUUGUUCUCGUCUUGUAUCGUAACAUGGUGACUAGAUAUCCAGAGCUUAAGUCAAAUUCUCGGCUUGCAAUUAUAUCUCCUUACAGACACCAGGUCAAGCUCUUCCGUGAGCGCUUUCAGGAUACUUUUGGAGUCGAGUCAAACAAAUUAGUGGAUAUUAACACCGUUGAUGGUUUCCAGGGACGUGAGAAGGAUGUCGCAAUCUUUUCAUGUGUUAGAUCAAGCAAAGAUAGGAGCAUUGGGUUUGUGUCUGAUUUUCGGAGAAUGAAUGUCGGUAUAACCAGAGCAAGGUCUUCUGUCCUGGUGGUGGGUUCAGCAUCAACUCUGAAGAGGGGGGAUAAGCAUUGGAAAAGCCUAGUUGAGAGUGCCGAGCAGAGAAAUUCUCUCUUGAAGGUUUCCAAGCCGUACAAAGAAUUUUUCAACGAUCAUAAUAUGAAGGCCAUGGAAGUGAGCCCGCCCAAGGAAGAGGUGACAGAAGCUCCGGUUGAUGACAUGGCAGUUAAUGGGCCUGUCUAUGGUGACACUGCUGCUGAUGUGGAACAAGAAGGCCCGGCUGAUGAUCUCUAUGGCGAUGGUGAUGGAGAGGGGUAUGAUGGAGGCUUAGACGAAGACUAAAAUCUGGUGGGCUCUUAAUUGGCAGUCUAUCAAAGGUGGUGCUGGUUAUGAUCGAUGAUCACAAGAUUUUGAAUUUUUGUGUAGGUGCUUUUUUAUUAAAUUUAUCAAUGACAAUUGAAGCAUAUUUAUUAAUCCGAAUGUAAAAUGUGUUUUUAGUUAAUAGCUCAUGAAUGGGCAGAAAUAACAUUCUCUUUAUUUAAAGUCAAUUGUAAGAAUAUUUUUAAAAUUCAAUCAUGCUAGUUAACAGAAUUAAAUUAUAAAAUAAAUUACAAAAUAGAGAGAUAUGGGAUUAGUUCCA